CUAAGUAUAUUUAGUAUUUCUCAUUUGACCUUAGCGUCAACAAAUAAAUUGUUAAUAAUAAUAUAUAUGUAGAAAUAUUUGUGUUAGUUCAACAAUUCAUAAAUCACGAUUGACAGUGUGUAAAGAACAGAAUGCAACAGUUGAUCGGUUCUACUUUAUUAUAUUGCAUUUGUUUAUUAAUUAUCGUUUUAGGCAUUUAACUCAUUUAAGUAUUUAAAGAUUGGAGAUUCAACAUGGUUGCACCAGAGUUAGAGAGCAACAGAGUUGAGGAAGCAAUAACAUUAAAUAAUAUGACUGAACAAAAUCGUAACAACGUACAGUCCAAAAAUUUCAACCAUGUUGGUGCAUAUUCGUCAUUGUAUACUAUAUGUCAGAUAGUUGGAUUACUACUUGUAUUUUCUGUAUUUUAUUGGAUUCUCAACUUCCGAGGAGGAUUUGGAUUUACUGAAGCCAAAAUCAUAUUCAACUGGCACCCACUGUUGAUGACAAUUGGUUUUAUUUAUUUAUUUGCAAAUUCUAUUCUUCAUUAUCGAACAUUCCGCAAUUGUAAAAAACGAGAUUUGAAAAAUCACCAUGCAAUUAUUCAUGGUUGUGUAAUUGUUCUUGUAAUACUUGCUGGCUGGGCUUCUUAUGCUUCACAUAUUUAUAGUAAUCCUCCUAUUCCAAAUUUUUAUAGUUUACACAGUUGGUUGGGUAUUGUUACUAUUUCAAUGUUCCUCUCUCAGUUUAUAAGUGGAUUUGUAUCCUUCAUGUAUCCUGGAAUAGCUGCCCAAUAUAAGGAAGCUAUAAUGCCUUAUCACGUUUUCUUUGGAAUUUUCAAUUUUAUUCUAGCAGUUGCUACUUCAGUCCUUGGAUUCAGUGAAAAAUUAAUUUUUGCUUUGGAUAGAGAAUAUAAAAAUUUCCCAAAAGAAGGAAUGUUUGGCAACUUUUUGGGCUUACUGAGUAUUUUUUACUGUGGAUUAGUUGUGUAUCUAGUAACAAAACCAGAAUAUAAGAGACAACCUAAACCUGAAGACGGUGUAUUGUUAACUGGUGCUUUAGAAUAACUGAUAUCCUAUCUAUAUUUAUUUAGUAACUAGUAAAAAUAUAAUUUAUUUACAAAAAUAAUAAGGAAAUAUUUUUCCAUGGCUUAUGUUUUUUAUUAAGUUAACCUGAUUUUGCUUUUGUUUAAGUAUAUUUUUUAAAUUUUGUAUUAAAACAACUUUUUUUCAAACAUUUGUUUAAACAUACAGUUUUGAUUUAUAUGAAUGCAUUUUAUAUUUUUAUUUUUAUUACACAAAAUUAAAAUAUUAAGCUUCUUCAUAAAUACAAAAAUUUUACACACUAUAUUAUUAUUAUUAAAUAUAAUUGAAAAAUGUACUGAAAUGUAUUUUUGGUGUUUAUAAAUAUGCGGAUAAUUAUAAUAUUAUUUUAUAAUUAUUAA